UCCCAUACGAUACGAAUACGAAAAAAAGGAAAACACUUCUCCUCUCUUAUCCACUUCGUCUAAAAAAAAAUCCCAUUUUCAAUUUCAAGAGCUCAAAAAACAGAUACUUGAAAUCCAAAAGCAAAAGUUUCACGAAAAAAUGGCGGUGUCUUUGAGGUUCUUCUCCACUUUCUCGGCUGUUGAAAUGGCGUCGUUCUUUAACUCUUCGUCGUCUUCUUCUUCUUCUUCUGUUAGGCUUGGUGGUAAUUUACCUAGUGUUCGAACGGCGACAUUCGCCGCCUCUUCAAAGCCAGCUACUACGGAGCCAAAGAAGCGGGAACCAAGAGGCAUUAUGAAGCCACGUCGAGUUUCGCCGGAAAUGCAGGCCUUCCUCGGUGGCCUUCCGGAGAUUCCUCGUACUCAAGCACUCAAGUUCAUUUGGGCCCACAUCAAACAGCACAACCUUCAGGAUCCUGAGGACAAGAAGGUCAUAAUCUGUGAUGAGAAGUUGAAGAAUAUAUUUGGAGGAAGAGAUCGCGUCGGGUUCCUUGAGAUCGCAGGAUUGAUUAGUCCUCACUUUCUUAAGUGACACAAGUUAAAGGGAAGUUAUGGAAGGAAACUCUUUUUUCUUUGUAAAAUUAGGUUCUAGGACUAGAUUGGAUGAUAUUUUAGGACUCAAAAUUGCUGCUGAUCAAUUUAGCUGAGCUUGGUUUCUUUUAAACUUGUGAAGAUCACUCUUUUGUUAAAGUUGAUUGGUAGUUUUUGGUUUUCAGAACUUCAUAUAGCUUUGCAUUUCAAAAUUACUGAUGACUCAAGUGUUGGAUUGUUAACAA